AUGUACAGGUGUGCAGUCAUAGGUGAAGUCAUAGGUGAAGGGGAGGACUCAGCACAAAAGGGGUCCAGUGUGGACGAUUACGUUGACAGGAUGGGGACCAGAAAGAUCAUAUCAGUUUUCCUGAUUCUAACAGAAAUUCCAGCCGCAACUACACCUGCAGCAACAACAGCUACAACUGCAGAGACAACAGCUACAACUGCAGCGACAACAGCUACAACUGCUACAUCAACUACCGCUGCACCGACUACCGCUGCACCGACUACCGCUGCACCGACUACCGCUGCACCAACUACAGCUGCACCUACUACCGCUGCACCGACUACCGCUGCACCGACUACCGCUGCACCUACUACCGCUGCACCAACUACCGCUGCACCAACUACCGCUGCACCAACUACUGUUGCACCUACAACCGCUGCACCUACUACCGCUGCACCAACUACCGCUGCACCAACUACCGCCGCACCUACUACCGCUGCACCAACAACUGCUGCACCUACUACCGCUGCACCAACUACCACUGCACCAACUACUGUUGCACCUACAACCGCUGCACCUACUACCGCUGCACCUACAACCGCUGCACCCACUACUGAACCUACAACUGCUGCACCAACUACUUGCAACACAAUAUACAAGAACAAAUUUGGUGACACGUUCGACAAGUGCAGUGUGAAAGAGUUCAGCUGCACCCACUACCGCUGCACCCACUACCGCUGCACCCACUACCGCUGCACCGACUACAGCUGCACCGACUACCGCUGCACCAACUACCAAAUUCCAGCUGCAACUACACCUGCAGCGACAACAGCUACAAAUGCAGCGACAACAGCUACAACUGCUGCACCAACUACCGCUGCAAAAACUACCGCUGCACCCACUACCGCUGCACCCACUACCGCUGCACCGACUACCACUGCACCGACUACAGCUGCACCGACUACCGCUGCACCAACUACCGCUGCACCUACUACCGCUGCACCGACUACCGCUGCACCUACUACAGCUGCACCAACUACCGCUGCACCUACUACCGCUGCACCAACUACCGCUGCACCAACUACCGCUGCACCAACUACUGUUGCACCUACAACCGCUGCACCUACUACCGUUGCACCUACUACAGCUGCACCAACUACCGCUGCACCUACUACCGCUGCACCAACUACCGCUGCACCAACUACCGCUGCACCAACUACUGUUGCACCUACAACCGCUGCACUAACUACUGUUGCACCUACAACCGCUGCACCAACUACUGUUGCACCUACUACAGCUGCACCCACUACCGCUGCACCCACUACCGCUGCACCCACUACCGCUGCACCGACUACCACUGCACCGACUACAGCUGCACCGACUACCGCUGCUGCACCAACUACCGUUGCACCAACUACCGCUGCACCUACAACCGCUGCACUAACUACUGCUGCACCAACUUCCGUUGCACCAACUACCGCUGCACCUACAACCGCUGCACCUACAACCGCUGCACCUACAACAGCUGCACUAAGCACCGCUGCACCAACUACUGCUGCACCAACUACCGCUGCACCAACUACAGCUGCACCUACAACCGCUGCACCUACAACAGCUGCACCAACUACCGCUGCACCAACUACAGCUGCACCUACAACCGCUGCACCUACAACCGCUGCACCUACAACAGCUGCACCAACUACCGCUGCACCAACUACCGCUGCACCUUCUACCGCUGCAACAACUACCGCUGCACCUACUACCGCUGCACCUACAACCGCUGCACCAACUACCUUAAACACAAUAUACAAGAACAAAUUUGGUGACACGUUCGACAAGUGCAGUGUGAAAGAGUUCAGGCCAAGACCAACUAGAGCAGAUGGAGUUGAUGCAGAUGUGAACGUUGGGUUCACUUCCACUUCAGCACUCCCAGAGGAAGGUGCAGUUAGUCAAACCUUAGUAGCAGCUGUAAAUAGUCCCAACAGCACCUUCAACGUGACGAUAGAUUCCAGCUCAAUCUCAGUACAACCUACUACCACUGCACCAACUACCACUGCACCAACUACUGCUGCACCAACUACCGCUGCACCUACUACCACUGCACCAACUACCACUGAACAAACUACUUCAGCACUUUCUACUGCUGCACCAUCUACUGCUGCACAAACUACCGCUGCACCUACUACCACUGCACCAACUUCUGCUGCACCGACUACUGCUGCACCAACAACCGCUGCACCAACAACCACUGAACCAACUACUGUUGCACCUACAACCGCUGCACCAACAACCGCUGAACCAACUACUGCUGCACCUACUACCGCUGCACCAACUACUGCUGCACCUACAACUGCUGCACCAACUACUGCUGCACCUACAACUGCUGCACCAACAACUGCUGCACCUACUACUGCUGCACCAACUACAGCUGCACCUACAACGGCUGCCCCUACUACUGCUGCACCAACUACCGCUGCACCAACAACUGCUGCACCUACUACUGCUGCACCAACUACAGCUGCACCUACAACGGCUGCCCCUACUACUGCUGCACCA